AUGAGCCGAAGAAUAAAGCAAGGAAGAGAAAAAGAAUCGAAGGCUGGAAAGCAAUUUUGUUUCCUUCCUUUUCUUCCGCUUUCCCUCAUUAUUUGCUUUCUCUUUUUCUUAGACAUUUUUCCAUUACUCUUUCUUUCUUUCUUUCGUUCUUUCUUUCUUUCUUUGUAUCCUCCUCCCUUUCUUUUCUUAUUUUACUCUUUCUUUCUUUUCAUUUGUGUUCUCUGCUCGUUCUUACUUUGCUUCCUUUACUUUUUGUCCCUUGCUUUCUUUCUUCACAUCCUCCUUUCUUUUUAUUUUCUUUCUUUCUUUCUUUCUUUCUUUCUUUCUUUCUUUCUUUCUUUCUCACGUCCACUUUUUAUUUCCUUUUUCUCUGAGACCCGUUCUCGCUAUCUCAAAAUAUUUCUUUCUUUCUUUCUUUUUUCGAGUCCUCUUUCUUUCUUUCUUUCUUUCUUUCUUUCUUUCUUUCUUUCUUUCUUUCUUUCUUCGAGUCCUCUUUCUUUUUUCGAGUCCUCUUUCUUUCUUUCUUCGAAUCUUCUUUCUUUCUUUCUUUCUUUCUUUCUUUCUUCGAGUCUCCUUUCUUCGAGUCUUCUUUCUUUCUUUCUUUCUUUCUUUCUUUCUUUCUUUCUUUCUUUGAGUCCUCUUUCUUUCUUCGAGUCCUCUUUCUUUCUUUCUUUCUUUCUUUCUUUCUUUCUUUCUUUCUUUCUUCGAGUCCCCUUCCUUCCUUCCUUCCUUCCUUCCUUCCUUCCUUCCUUCCUUCCUUCGAGUCUUCUUUCUUUCUUUCUUUUUUUCUUUCUUUCUAACAACAGUCUGCAUGAAUAA